GUCUUCGUUUUUAGCGACACUGAUGUCUUUCUCCUUGUAUUGAGAUGGCUGGGGUUGGGAGGAAGAAAUGUGGGGGUCCGCCGUAUCGUAUCUGGGGGACUCUACGUGCACUAUGGCAGGAAAAGCACUUGAUCUUGUUCAAAGCCGAGUACACGUUUUUGGUCGCUGCAGUGCUGUGGAUAGCGGAGAUCUGGAUCAACAUUUGGGUGAUAAACAGAGUGGCUUACACAGAAAUAGACUGGAAAGCGUACAUGGACGAAGUGGAAGGAGUUAUUAAUGGCACAUACGAUUACGCCCAGCUGAAGGGAGAUACAGGACCGCUGGUGUACCCAGCUGGGUUUGUCUACAUAUUUACGGUGCUGUACUACUUGACUGAUCAUGGGGUGAAUAUUCGGCUGGGACAGUACUUGUUUGCUGCCUUCUACCUCAUCAUGCUGCUGCUAGUCUUCCGUAUAUACCACCGCACCCAGAAGGUUCCUCCCUAUGUGUUCUUCUUUGUGUGCUGUGCCUCCUAUCGAAUCCACUCCAUUUUCGUCCUGCGUCUCUUCAAUGACCCCGUGGCGAUGUUGCUAUUCUUUGGUGCUCUCAAUCUCUUCCUGGAUGGCCACUGGACCAUGGGCUGUGGGCUCUACAGUUUAGCAGUGUCUGUGAAAAUGAACGUGCUGCUCUUCGCUCCUGGCCUGCUUUUUCUGCUCCUGUGGGAGUUUGGCUUGGUUAAGACCCUUCCCAGGCUAGCCCUUUGUGCUGCAAUCCAGGUGUUACUGGGCUUUCCCUUCCUCCUGGAGAAUCCCCUGGGAUAUCUGAGCCGCUCUUUCGACCUGGGUCGCCAGUUUCUCUUCAAGUGGACCGUUAACUGGCGGUUUCUGCCCGAGGAGGUCUUUCUGAGCCGUUAUUUCCACCUUGCCCUGCUGGGGGCACACUUGCUCACCUUGCUUCUUUUUGCUAUGCGGCGAUGGAACAGGUCUGGCAAAAGUCUUACAACGUUACUGAAGGACCCAGGCCAGCGACCACAGCCAUUGCAGAAACUCACUGCGGAUCAGAUUGUCUUCACGCUCUUUACAUCCAACUUCAUCGGUGUGUGUUUCAGCCGCUCACUGCACUAUCAGUUCUAUGUCUGGUACUUCCACACCCUGCCCUACCUGCUGUGGAGUGGUGGAGUGAAGAAGCUGGCACACCUGCUCAGGGUGCUGAUCCUGGGGCUGAUCGAGCUGUCAUGGAAUACCUACCCUUCCACCGUCUACAGCUCCGCCGCGCUGCACGUCUGUCACCUCAUCAUCCUGCUGUCCCUGUGGCAUGCCCCGCCCCCCGCCCCUGUUGCCGCGGAGUCCGCUCGGCAACGGAAACAGCAGUGAGCUCACACCUGUGCAUCCUGCCUGGAUGCUCACAAGCUCUGGGAACGAGGACAUACUGUAUGAGGUGCAGCAGGGAAAAGCAGAGGUCAAAGAAACCAGUCUUAAAUCCCCCCAAAAACCUAUUCUUUUAGUCUCCAGAAAUAGAAAAGGCAGCUUCUCCUUUCCAUAGCUCAGAGACUAAAGUCGUGCUGUCCGUUGAUUGACAGUAAAAUGGUUAAAUUUAGAUUACGCAAUUUUUUCAUGUCCCCCUUUUGUUUUGAUUUUUUAAGACCUAAUUUGCUGUUUUAUGUGGAAUUCCUACGCUCGAAGAUUAAAAAUUCAGGUGUGAAAUCAAAUAAAGUUUCACCAGUGUUGAAGGACAGUUUGUAAUAUAUAUUUUUUUACUACAUUUUUUGCAAAUUGUUGUCAUGAUGGUCCAAACAGCCUCUCCGUUGGUGAAGUCUGUAACGUAUAGUCCGAUGACUGUCAGAUUCCUCAAAAUGUAAUGUUGAGUAAUUGACUUUUUUCUCCACAUCUUUCAGAAUUUGUUUUUUCAUCUUCACCCUGGGUCUUGUUAAACACUGUUUUUUUAGGAAAGCAGUAAAUAGGUCUUGUUUGUUUCAGAAAGGCGCUCAUGUUAAAAUACCAGUUAAUAAUGCUGUACCUUGAAACAUCUUUUAAAGUUUUCUUCUUUAUUAGAGCUUGCUCCAUUGGUCACUUGAUUCAUUAUUCUGAAAAAAUCAGGUAUGUGCAUUUGGUUGUGUUUUUAUACUUUAAAAAUGACACAAUGGGUACGUACAACCUGCCAUGCGUGUUUAUUGGAAUAGCUCACAUGCGUUUUUAACUUUAUACAGUAUUUUUUGGCAUGUACUGGGGGCAGAAAAGGGGUUUUUCUUAAUUAUUCAUAUCUCCAGAUAUGUGAAUGGAACUGAAUAUACAAGGGAUUAUUCUUAACAGUUGUCUGUAUUUUGAAUAUUAUUCGUUUCUCAAAAUUAUGACAGCUUCCAGUGUUGUCUUCAGCAUUAAUAUCCUGUGACAAAGGUGCCAACCAGGGGCGGAAAAAGAUCUAGAAGGCCCCCAGAAGAAGGAAAUGUGUAACCCUAAUUCUAGCCUGUAUGUAAAAUUGAUCAAUUCUUAUACAGUCGACCUGCUCUAAUAAUGAUUAUGAUUUUUCAGAUGACCUGCAGUUGUGCUUUAGCAUUUCAUUAAGACUCGAAGUAUUUAUAUUCAUUAUAUGUAUCUGUUUGAUUUUGUUUAAAUUGGGAUUCUUCAGAAAACAUUGAGAAUCCUUAUUGGUUUGACUGAGUUGUGUUAAAUGGGGAUUUAAACUAAAUAAAAUUCUAUGUUUAGGAUUA